CUGCGAUCAUCCGCGAUGGCCGACGGUAUGUUGCAGCGAUUCAGCACGAUCGGUAGUGUGAUCAGUGGCAGUAGUAGUAGUAGCAGUACCAGCAUGCCACCGAUGGAUACGGCCAGCAUCACUCAGCGAAUUCAUCACGAAACAUCGCCAUUGCUUACUGGCGUAAAGUAUCCCGUCUAUGGGCCAGGAACUGGACCAGAUUUGUACGACGACGAGGCGGCGGAAUAUUGGCACGGAUCCGAUAACAAUGGAGCGGGUGGAUUUUUCCCCAGCUUUCUACCCUGGGGUCAGGGACCGCAAGGAGCAGCACAUCCAGUUCCUCCACCACCACCACCACCCCCACCGGCAUAUCCAGUGUAUCGUGGACCGUACGGUGGACCGUUUAACAAGGGCCUUCGCUUUAAGGGUGCCUCCGUCGCGGUGCUAACGCUGUUAGCUUUUCUAUUCUUUUUGAGCAUUCUGCAGAACUACAUUCGCGACUAUUCAACCACCUCGCAACCGACCGUCAUUUUGCUGUCCGCUGGUGCAACGAAGGAAAACUUACCGGUCUACCCGUACCGCAUUCGCCAAAAGGUAGGCCAGCGUGGCGAUGAACCACCAUCCCGAUUCGACGAUGAUGACGAUGCAGAUGCUCCGAUCGAUGAGGUUUCUGAGCAGAGCGAAGGGACAACCACCUCGGGAGGAUAUCGGGCACGGAUCAGGAAAGGACAUCAACGACCCCAUCAUAAGGGUAGCAGCGGCAGCAGCAGCAGCAGCAAAGCGGUAUCCUCGGGGAGUGUUUCGGCCGUACCGUCCAAUGCACCGUUCGGGGAUAUUUUCAAGGUAAACGGAUUGUGAGCUGC